CUAUAGUCACGUUAUUGUGUGAGUUGGUUUAUACCCUGCUUUUCUUGCACCCAUAUCAAAAGAAUCCAACACUGACAGAAAGAAAAAAAGACACUAAAGUAUAUUAAAGAUUAUUUUGCACAUUUUGUAUAAUACAAGCUUUUCCCACCAUUGUGUUGAUAUAUAUGUAAUUUCACAUCUACAUCUUUUCCUCUCUCUUAGUUAAGCACUUGGCAAAGAAUUUAAAUCUACUUGAAAUGGCUAGAGAAGCAGCCAUUUUUCUAUGUCUUUUGAUUGUUGUCAUGGAUGUCACAGCUGGAAUUCUUGGAAUUGAGGCUGAAAUUGCUCAAAACAAGGUUAAACACUUGAGAUUGUGGAUAUUUGAGUGUAGAGAUCCAAGCCAUAAGGCUUUCAUGCUUGGGUUAGGAGCAGCGAUACUUUUGUCUCUAGCCCAUGUUAUAGCCAAUUUGCUAGGUGGUUGCAAUUGUCUUUGUUCUCAAGAAGAGCUUCAAAAGACUUCACCUAAUAGACAACUCUCAAUGGCUUGCCUCAUUUUAACAUGGAUUGUUUUGGCUGUUGGGUUGAGCAUGCUUGUGAUAGGGACUGCAACAAACAACAAAUCAAGGGGUUCUUGUGGUUUCACACACCAUCAUUUCCUAUCAAUUGGUGGAAUUUUGUGCUUUGUCCAUGGCUUAUUCUGUGUUGCUUAUUACGCUUCUGCCACAGCCUCUUAAUUAACGAUUAAGAAAACAUCUAGAGUGGAGGCCACUUUUGCUCCUGCUUUUGUGCUUUAAGGGUUUUGGCUUUACCAAAUUUGUUGCUUUACUAAGUAUGUACUAUGGGGUAGAAAAAGAAAACCCCAUUUUCAAUUGAUCACCAAAUUAUCCUUUCCACUAAUCCACUGACAUGUGUUCUAUAUUUUCUUGGCCAAUGAAAGAUUUUCUGUUACCAGAGAUUGUAAUGGUAAUGGUAUUCUGAAAUAGGCUACAUAAAGCUAAAUAUAUCUUUCUACUUUCUUUAAA